UCUCUCUCUCUCUCUCCUGUCUUGCUUUUGUUGGAGUCUUUUCAUGCUCAGACAUUCUCUCUCUCCAGUGAUUUUGCUAAAUCUCUCUCUCUCUCUCUACCCCCAUGCCAGAUGUUUCAGCCCUCUCUUUCUAGAGGUUGAUGCCAUGUCCCUGGAUUACAAGCGUCUCUCCCCUCUCUCUCUCUCUUUAUCUCUCUUUCUCUCUCUAUGAUUAAUUUUUCUCGAGUUUGCUAGAAAUUGGAUAAGCACUAUAAAUAAUCGCACUGGGUCGUUGGGUUUUCGUUCUCAUGCGUGAGACAAGUGCAGUGUCAAGAUUGAGUAAUGGAAGCAGGGGAUAAGGAUGAUAGUGAAAAAAUUGAGGAUUUUAAAGGGGAUUUGGUUAACCAUGCAGCUUUAAUAAAGAGCAAAGCCUUGUUUCUUAAGAAGCUUGAAGAGUUCCAUAAAUCUUCUUCGACGAAGCUAAUGAUCGAUAUCGGAGGGACCAUAUUGGACUUGCACGUGUUUUACAAAGAAGUAACGGCAAGAGGAGGGCUUGUUCAGGUCAUCAGAGAUGGAAAAUGGACUGAUGUUGCAUCAAUGUUGGGACUAGCAGAAAAGAUUCCUAACCCCUCUUUUCCUCUGCGGAAGCAUUAUGUGGACCUUCUCUAUCAUUUUGAAAGGGUAUACUACUCUGGAACGCAAGGGGAGGUUGCAGAACCACCUGGACGUUUUCUCCAUCAUAGUCCUGACAGGAAAACAGAUGUGUAUCAACUCUUCGAGGAUGAGCAGAAAUCAACUGUGAAAGGGAACUAUCAAAACUAUACAGAAGAUCCCAGUACCUUUAUAGGGAAAACAGUAACAGGGGAGAUCAAAAUGAGAACUGAAGAUGGUUACAUUGUGACCAUGACUGUUGGCUUAGAAAAGCUCAAUGGGUUUCUGUAUUUUUUCCGUGAGAGUGGAGGUGAACAGAUGGCCAUCAUCCCUGGUCUAAUGGGUGGCGUAAAUUCUCUUUCCAGUUCCAAGCCCAUAGAAGUCACUGUAAAACCUCAUACCAAUCAAAGGGCAAGUUCUGGAGUGAAGAGAGAGACUGUUAAGAAAGACCCAAAUGCUCCUAAAGGUGCAAGAACUUGCUUCCAAAUAUUCUAUGGAGAGGAGUGUGCUCGAUUGAAAGAGACGCAGGUACCAGUCGGGAAUACGCGGAGAAUGGUUGCUGAUGCGUGGAAUUCUCUCUCUGAACAUGAACGGCAGCCAUAUCACGAAAAGAGCGGGCACGACCGAGAGAGGUAUAAACAAGAAAUGGCAGCGUACAUGGAACUUCAGAAAUCACAAGCCAAAAGCUCUGUUCUCAUUGAGGGGCAGCAAAAAGAAGAUGAUGAAGUGUAUAUCCCAUGCUACGAUUGCCCAAUUCAAGAGAGUAAGGAUGGCGACCGCCAUGUUUCUGUUGAAACUCAGGGCCACACAAACGACCGAGCCAACCCUCACCAUAUGGUUGAUGAAGCUGAGCUACUCAAUGACCGGAAUCGAUACCCGGAGAUCCCAGAAAAUGGGUUCGAGAGCAUGUUGUUCGAUGAUAAUAUUUUGAUCUGAUUCAUGGGUGUCUUCUCAAGAGCUGAUGGUCAAUUUUUUGAAGAAGAACAACUUGGGUUGAAGGGGAAGGUUCUGACCCCAUGGAUUUCUUAUGAAUUUUCAAUUUUGAAAAAACGCAGAGCAUGGGUUUUUGAAGGGUUCUUUGGGUUGCAAUCUGAAAGUGUUUAUUGUAUAGAAUUGUGUACAAAGUCGUUUUGGGCAUUAUGUGUUGCACACGUAGGGUGUGAUGGAGACGGUUUAUCUUUUUGCUCAAAUGGGAAAAAGUAG